AUGAACUCAGUGCGCAACAUCCAGCAGCUGAACAAGCGCGAGCUCGAAGCGGGUAUCAAUCCAGAAGCCUCUUGGCAUACCGACUACCGCGACACGGCCUUCAUCUAUAUUGGUGGUCUCCCCUUCGAGCUUUCUGAGGGCGACAUCAUUACCAUAUUCUCCCAAUAUGGCGAACCUGUAUGGAUUAAGCUCGCAAGAGACAAGGAAACGGGCAAGUCGCGGGGGUUUGCCUGGAUCAAGUAUGAGGACCAAAGAAGCUGCGACUUGGCUGUAGACAACCUAGGCGGAGCAACCAUCAUGGACCGAGUGAUCCGGGUGGACCACGCCCGCUACAAGCCCAGAGACGACGAAGACAUGCGCGACAACACCAUGGGCGAACUUGACCUUGACCCAGGUCAGGAAUCAGAUGCUGGUAGACGGAAGCGGAGGAAGACGGAAAGCGAGAGUGACUCAGACGAGGAUCGGCCAAUGUUGCCCGAAGAAAUUGAGAUGGAGCGUUUGGUAGAGAAGCUCGAUGAGGAGGAUCCCAUGCGCGACUCGCUAAUCAAGCAGCAAGAAGAAAAGGUCACUGAGGCAUUAAAGAAGUGGAAGAAGCAGCGACGCAAAGAGAAGGAGCGAGCACGGAGAAAGGACAAACAUCGUCACAGAGAUGGCUCACGCGACCGAGAUAGGCGAAGGAUCAAAGAUAGGGAGGGAGAUAAAGACGACAGACAUUCCAGACACAAGGACGAGCGCAGUAGGAGCCGUGACAAGUACAUGGAUAAGGGAAGGCGGAGACCAAGAAGUAGAGAUGUCUCAGAGGGGGAUCGCGACAGAAAGAGACCCGAUCGGUCACAUGAAAGACAGGAUGAGCGAAGAAGUAGACGUGAUCGCUCCCGAGAGCGUGAGCGACGUCGAUCCCGUUCUGUUGAGAAAAAGAAAGAGCCAUCCCGUUCUGAGACGUCACCACUCCCUUAUCGCGCUCGCUCUCCUCGAUGA